UUGAAGAUGGUUGUUUUUCAACUAAGUGUUAUUUUGUGUGGAUUCCUUAUUCCAGUUUGCUAUGCAAAGGAUUACUGGUAUGUGGUGGCACCCAAUGUGUUCCGCCUCAACCACGAGGAAACGCUCGUGGCGGGAAUCCUUGGAAACGGAAGCGGUAGUGUUCAGAUUAAGUUACUUCUGAAUGAUGUUAAAAUAUCUCAGCAUCAAGCUGCAGUAAGAAGUCAAGAUAACAGCGAUAAGUUUACCAUGAAGGUGACAGCAGAAAACGUAUUUCAGUAUCAAGAAUUAGCCGGACCAAGAAAGAAGGACCAGAAACCGACCCACGUUAGUUUGGUGGCCGAUUUCCCGGAUGGCAGCCGGUCUACAAGAGAAGUUGUCAUUGGUUACAAGUCUGGCUACCUGAUUGUACAGACGGACAAACCACUGUAUACGCCUAGGGAAGGUGUGAAUGUUCGUGUUCUUGCAAUGGAUGAAUCUUUGAAGCCAAUACGAGAUCAAAAAGUCUACAUAGAUAUUCGAACACCAUCGUCUGAUCUCGCCGGUGAUACAAAGAUAAUGGCCGUUGACCGAAAGACGUUUUUUGGCAGCAAGAACGGCUUUUACCGACACAAGUUCACCCUUCCCCCUUACCCACAGAUCGGUGAAUGGACCGUCAAAGCGUUUUUGGCAGGAAAGUACGAUACCGAAACAAUUGUUCCAUUCGAGGUGAAAGAAUUCGUUUUGCCGACGUUUGAAGUGAAAAUAACAAGUCAGGAAGCAUUUAUAUUGGAGAAUACAGAGCAAAUUAAAGUGAAGGUUGACGCCAGGUAUGUAUACGGAAAGAAUGUACAGGGCUCAGCGGGACUGAAGUUCAGAAUUGUGGAAGAUAACGGAGCUGAGAAUGACAUGUUCAAUAUAAGUCGCAAAGAGCUGACCAACGGCUUGACUGAGUUUACAAUCAACGUACGUGACCUAAUAAAAGCACGUGGAAGAGGUUUUCCCGAUAAUGCACGCCUGUUCCUUGAGGCUGACGUCAUUGAAGAUGCUACAGGAAAAGAGGAGAAAUCAUCAGAGGAUUUUCUUGUAUUCACAAAAAGUCCUUUCCGCUUUGAUUUUUCAAGGUCUAAGAAUACGUAUAGGACUGGCAUGAUAUACCAUUUACAGAUUGAAAUGACAUACGUAAAUGGGCGAAAAGCAGCCAACCAGACAAUAAAGAUUCGUUAUUACGAUAGAAACGAAGAAAGAAAAAUGACAAGAGAUGAAUAUACCACAGAUGACAGAGGACAGUUAGUGGCACCUGUAUCAACAGGAGAUCAGCAACAAACACUGCAGUUUCAUGUACAUCCCAUAGAUUACCCUGGGGAGACCGCCGAUUAUUACGUCAAACCUUAUAUCGGCAACAAUCAAAUGGUCUUGGAAAACGUGAAGAGGUACAAUGAACAUUUUGCCUUAGCUUUCACAAACAUGAAUCCAGUCAGCCAAUUUACGGGAAUUAUGAUAAUGAUUAUUUCACGUGGAGAAAUUGUGAACACCUUAUUCUACAAUCCAACGAAUAUUAUCAUCAUGCGAAUGGAUAAUCACAUUCUUAAGAAGGUUUUCCCGGGGGCCAGAUUGCUCGCCUUUUAUGUUGACAAACAAGGACAUGAAAUAGUGGCUGACUCGACAAAGUUUGCAGUAGACCCUAUGUGCAGGGGUGAACUGCUUAAGGUGAAAACCGAUACUGCAACGUUAGACCCCGGUGCAAGUUGUAAUCUCACGGUGACCGGACCGAGUGAUAUGUGGGUCGGGUUCAACGUCAUGGACAAGGCCUCAUUUUCGAUUAACAGCGCCAGCAUUCUAAAGCACGACACGAUAUUCCAAGCCUUGGACUCCCAUGACCUAGGGUGUGGAGCUGGGAGUGGGCAGACGAGCGAAGAAAUUUUCAAGAAUGCAGGAUUAACAAUAUUAACAAAUGCAAACGCCGACAACGCCGCUCUUACACGAAAUAGUGAUCACUGUGACAAAGCGAAACUGAGAGAUCGAAGGAGUGUGUCUAAACUAAAAUGCCAUCCCGAAAUGCAAAAUUGUUGUCAUUACGGCGAAGUGCUUGCUGAACGUCUUCUUGAGUGGAAGGAAAAUAAACUUGAGUAUAUGAAUAUCGAGGUCGAUCUUAACCCUCGGGACGAUUGUAUGACCAAGGCAAUGGCAAUACGCAGAGAAACGUAUAUAACACAUUCAUGCAUAAGCUCUAUGUACAGGUUUUGUCUGGAGAGACUCACCACAGAACUUACAGGCAAAGGCCGGGAGAGAAGAUCCAUUUUCCCAGAUGACGAACAGUACAGAAAAGAUUUAAACAUGCUUCUUGAGCUAGGCCACUCAUUAAGGGUGAGAUCGAAUUUUGAGGCUUCGUUUUUCUUUGAAGAACACCAACUACAGAAUGGGAUUUUUGAAAAAAGAGUCAAAUUCAGAGAUUCGAUUACGGAGUGGAGUAUUCAAGCGAUCGGUUUAUCCGCAACUGAAGGGGCCUGUAUUGCUGAAUCAGUCGACGUAAAGACCUACCAGCCGUUCUUUAUCCAACUGGAUCUACCUUACAAAGCUACUCGAUUUGAACGUUUCAUCAUUAAAGCGACCGUAUUCAACAAUUACGACCAGACGCAAAGCGCCAGUGUUUACCUCAAAGCAGCUGACGGACUUUGCUAUGGCACUUCACCAGGACAAAACUCACCGCGGACACUUGUUGAAUUGGUACCUUUGCAACAUGCAAGAACUAAAGAACCUAACAGCGCCAAGACCGUGUCAUUCUCGGCCAUUCCGUUGGUAGCUGGGGACAUUCCUAUCACAGUCUCGUUGUUUUAUAGUUCAAACACAUCAGGGAAGGCCGAUUUCAUCAGUAAGAAGCUUCAUGUUGAGAAUGAGGGCAUUAUGGAAACGAUACAAAUUCACGCUUGCUUGGACCCAAAUAAUCAAAUGGAGGCGUGUAUGAACUCACCGCAAGUGACCGCAGACGAUCCGCUACACUCAAAUGACAGACCAGUUCGCACUUACAAAUUACAUUUGACGUUACCUACAAAAGCAUUGAUUGGAACUGGCACGGCAACAGCCUAUAUUGAAACUGAUGUUAUGAACACCUUAAAAGCAACUUUACUUGACGGGGUGGAUAAAAUGUUUAGGUUGCCAAAGUACAAUGGAGAAAAUACUAUGAUAUAUACAGCACCAAUCGUUUACGGGAUGAAUUAUCUCAGAAAGACAGGACUUCAAACCACUGCAAAUGCAGAACAAGGAACAACGUGGAUAAAACACGGUGUUUUGAGAGAAGUUUCGGAAUACCAGAAGACCGACGGAUCUUACGCAGCAUGGAUAUCUUAUCCAACAAGUUUAUGGUUGACGGCAUUUGUCGCAAAGGUUUUCUGCCAAGCCGAGAGGGUAGUAGAUGGAUUUGUGGUGAAAGAAAGUUUACAGAGGACUCUGGAAUAUAUCGCUAAUAAGCAAAAAGGAACAGGAUACUUUGUGGAUGACAAGCCAGUACUUUAUACACAUAUGCAGGGCGUCCUUGGCCAAGGUGACCGAAAGGAAGAUCCCUCGUUGACAUCAUUUGUCUUGAUCGCAUUACAAGAGUGCCCAGAAAGGACUGAGGUAGACAUGCAGUUGAUGAGGCUGUUUCAAACGCCAUUGGCUAUCUUGAGGAUCUGCCACUCUGGAAACUACAGCAGAACAAAUACAAGCUGUUCAGUGGCAUUCACUAUGAUGUAUUGGUCCGACCAUAAUGGUAACGAAGCUACGGCUGCUGAUGUUGAAACUACUGCAUAUGCUUUGUUAGCUUUCCUAAAGUUUGAUGAUAUUCGAACAAGUGGGAAAAUUGUGUCAUGGUUAUCGGGUCAAGGAAAAGCCAUUGCUAGUUGGUACACGACUCAGGACACCGUUGUUGCCUUGCAAGCACUUGCAGAGUACAGCGUGCGAACUUUCAACUUAGAAGUGAAAUUGGACAUUGAAAUCCAGAACGGACAAACGUUGCAUAGUGUUUCUGUAACAAAUGACAAUGCUUUGCUUCAAAAAGUCAUCCCAGAGCUUCUGGUGAAGGGUCAAAACAACAUUUUAAAAGUCACUGCUAGUGGCAACGGGACGGCUAGAAUGAACAUCGAGCUUCGCUGGAACAGGAAUGCACUAUCAACUGAAAAAUGUCAUCUACACGUUUCUUCGAUAGAAAUCGACCUGGUGAAUCCGCUAUUUGCUGGAUCUUUGAAGGAGAGGUUCAAUAAUAAAGAUGCUCCAUGCGAUGUGUGUGGACGAUGUACUGGUGGCGACAUAGAAUUAUUGGACGACAGGAUUGACGUUGAUGAUAUUAAUGAUAAGACACGGGAGGCAGACGACGAUUCGCCCCAAAAAUGUAUUAUCUUUCAUGUAAGUACCGUUGAUGGUGAUGUGUCACAUAAUAUGUCAAUCGUCAAAGUAAACCUUGAAACUGAUGUGAGAGCCAUUGAAGAGGACUUUAAGGAGCUGAUGAGGAAUGGAGUUAUUGACAGAUAUGAGAUGCCGAAGGAUGGCGAGAGUUUCGUUAUGUUCUAUAUAAAUAAGAUCGGUCAGGUCCCAAGGAAGUUCAUAUUUAGAUUGGAAGAUCAUUUUCGAGGUAGAACCGCAUCACGACAGCCUGCGACAGUCGUUGUUUACGACUACUACAAACCAGAACAGAAAUGCAUAAGAUCCUACAGCAUAGGUGAAUAUCAUGGACAGGAGGUUGGCUAUAGAUGUAACGAAGAUAAUGACCAGUGCAAAUGCCUGCAAAGUCAGUGUUCAUCUCCUGUUGAGGAGGAACUGGUCGAUUACAUUGUCAUGUUUAAGAGCCUUUCUUAUGUUAAAAAGGCGCGAAUGACCAAACCAUCUGACAUAAUCGCACAAUAUGCUUGCAACUUUGGAAAGGCAAAUUUUGUAUACAACGUCACAAUUAAAGCUAUAUCUGUUGAUGAAGUUAAAUGGAUGAAAUAUGCGACGGCAGUCAUCAACGAAGUCAUCCUUGCAGGAAAAGAGCAUCAACAUCCAGAUGACGAAAUUUCACUCGAGUGGAAACGUAUGUGCAAGCACCCAGAGCUGAAAGAAGGAAAAACGUAUUACAUCGUUGGAAAAGAUCCUACAAUUUACUAUAUCGACGAAUACGAACACAUAGCUCGCUAUGAACUAAUGGGCACGACGUUAGUAAUUGAUCCAAGCUACAAUCCGAUGCUGAGAACAGUGAUGAACAGAUUUGAAUCACAAAUGAUGAAAACCUACGGCUGUUUCCAUUAGUGAAUAUAGCCGUGUUGGUGUUUUCAAAUAUAGUUUAGUUCUUCUUAUGACUUGUGACAACUGUAAUAUAUUUAUAUGCGAAACAUGAAACACGUAUUUCUGGUUUAGAUUUGACAUCGUGAAAUGUAUUUUGAUAAUGACAACUUUCAUUUCAAUGUUGACGAAUUCUAAUGUUAAUACAAAUUGGGCGUUUAUAUUUCCUAAAUCUUUCGAAAAGUAUUGUCUUUACCAUGGUAUAGUGGAUAUGGUUCCUAACUGCAGACCUUCGUUCACCUCUGUAGCUUGAUUGAGUUUAAGCAUGUUGGGUUCGGAUUUACCUCGUUAAAAACAACAACAUUAAAAUUAUUUCCCUGUACUGGUUAUAAUGCUUGCUUCGUACUGCUUGGAGUAACACAUUAAUUUGUCCAUGGAGAAUACCGGAAUGUUACACUAUCGUGUUUAUCUAUAAGAUGUAAAUAUCAUUUGUGCGUAAACGACCUUUUUGUAUAUCUCUGAAACUGGAAUAUAAUUCGAGAUUUUGACAGUCAAUAUUCAAUAGAACGAGAACUGCGAUAAUACGAGCGCGUUUAACGUUUGUUCACACAUUUAUAUUUCAUAUUUUUAUGUUAUAACCAAGGAAGAAAACAAAACAGGUUGUCUUUUACUGAAACCCACACAAAACAUCUUUAAUUUUCAACAACAUGCAUUGAUAAAAUAAACAUUAGCAAGUACUGCUAUGGUUUUAGCAAUUACAAUUAAGAAUAAAUUAGGAACGAUACAUCGCAAAGCGUUAUCUUCAAAUCGCUUGAGAUGAUUUAUUUCAGGAUCAAAAUUAGUAUUUACAACAAUGUAUUGGAAUUGUUUUACUGAUAUUUUCGAUACCCAAUACGAGCUCGAAAUGUAACCGCCACUGAAUUUAAGAGUAUAGUUGCAAUGAAAAUAUGACGUCGGCGAUAUGUAAGCGUGCUGUGACACAAACAAACAUUUACUUCUCAAUUCUAAUUGAUCUAUGACUAGUUGCAUCCUUUUUAACAGUCGUGUAAAAAUAUGCAUCUUUCUUCCUGCA